GAUUUAUUGCGGCGAAACUAAGCUACUUGACCUACUCCGGAGUAGUUAGUACACAGGUGGCCCUUUCACCCAGGUACAAUUUUUCUCUGGCUUUUGCGAGAAAAAAACAAAGCACGGAGCUCUGUGGUGCAAACAGUCGCAGUAUCCGAGUUGCUGGGCCCUUUGCUGUCUUACCGCAGACCAGCCCUUCCAAUUUUCCGUCCGUACAUCCGGCCAAACCCGCCCUCCUCUUCCCCGGUUGAACCUCCAGUUGAGCAGCCCGCAUCGAAGAACAACAGUACGAAAGCCCAGCAGUCCUCAAUCCACCAAAACAGCAUGUCCACCCCACCCCCCAACCCGGGCGCCGUCGCGCUCGACGCCCUCACCGACUUCUUCACGCAGCUCUACUCCGUCGCCGAGACGGUCGUGACCCGCUUCAUCACGAACCUGCACGGCUCCUUCGCCAACGUCUCCACCGGCCGCUGGACCAAGGUCAUCCUCUCCGUGGUCGGCUACCUGAUCAUCCGGCCCUACAUCGAAGCCUGGUUCAAGAAGAUGCACGAGAAGGACCGCAAGAAGCACAUGGAGAAGAAGCGCGCCCAGGAAGCGGCCGCCGGCGGCGGGAAGGGCGAGAAGAAGAAGGCGCGCAUGUCGGCCAAUGCGCUCCGUGGCGGUAGUGGCGGGGGAAGAGUGCUCGGGGAGGUGGAGAACACGGACGAUGAGAUUGACGACGAGGAGGAUGCCGCCGCCACUACCACCGGCGCUGCUACCGCUACCGGCACCUCCACCGCGGCGACUUCCACCGUCACGCAGGAGGAUUUCGCGACGGCGAGUGGGGUACCUGAGUGGGGGAAGAAUGCCCGCAAGAGGCAGAAGAAGUAUCAGAAGAGCUUGGAGAAGGAGGCGGAGAAGCAGACGCAGAAGUUGUCGGAGGAGGAGAUUAUGGAGUUGUUGGACUGGAGUGAGGAUGAGGUUGAGGGGGUCAAGAAGGAGGAGUAAGUGGAGGGGAGGUGAUCACAAGUUUGGUUGCAGGACGGGCUCUGUGAGAUUGGAUGGAUGCAUUGGUGCAAGACGGUGUUGUGGAGCUCUCCUUUCUGUGAGCGGAGUACGUAUAUAUAUCUACAUAUGUGUGUGUGUGUGUGUGUGUCUGUCUGUGUCUGUCUGUGUCUCGUUGGUCGGGACGACUAUUACUUUUAAUAUCUUUACAUAAUUGGUAUAGACAAAAUGAU